CUGAAGGCGGGUGCAUGACAUGGGGGUCACCGUGGACGUGCACCAGGUGUUCCAGUACCCCUUCGAGCAGGUGGUCGCUUGCUUCCUCCGAAAGUAUCCCAAUCCAAUGGAUAAAAAUGUCAUCUCUGUAAAAACUGUGGAAGAAAAGAAAGAUGAAUCAACAGGACUCAUCUAUAGAAAGAGGAUUGCUAUCUGUCAGAAUGUGGUUCCAGAGAUUUUAAGAAAGGUGAGUAUUUUAAAGGUACCUGAUAUCCAGCUAGAAGAAGAGUCAUGGCUCAGUCUUCAGAAAAGGAACAUGGCUAUCCGGAGUCACUGCCUCACGUGGACACAGUAUGCAUCCAUGAGGGAAGAGUCUGUCUUCCGGGAAAGCGUAGAAAAUCCAAAUUGGACAGAGUUCAUUCAAACAGGCCGAAUUUCAAUCACGGGGGCUGGGUUUCUCAACUGUAUUUUGGAAACUUUUGCUAGUACGUUCUUAAGACAAGGAGCCCAGAAGGGAAUUAGAAUAAUGGAGAUGCUGCUAAAGGAACAGUGUGGCUCCCCCUUAGUGGAAUAAAAAAAAAAAAUCAGGAAGCUGCCACUGUGUCUACUUUUCCUCGAGACUCACUUCUUGGCCAUGACAUCAUAGACACAAUGACUGGAUGGUGGUUUCAGGACAGAGUCAGAGGGGCUUAGAGAAGAGGGGACCUUCCUGCUAGACACAGACUUGACACUCCCUCCCCUUUGG